CUCAGUUGCUGUGGAGCGAUUCUUCGACGCAGACGAACGGCGGAGUUUACGGAACGUCCGAGGAACAACACAUAAAAGCAGAAAAGCUGAAAAGCAGCGGAGAGGGGCGAAAGCAAAAGCAAGAGCAAAGCACAAGCGAACAGCGAGCACAAAGCAGAGCGCGCAACACGUGAAACAGCAGCCGUCAAUUGGGUUUAAUUUCGAUUCCGAAAGGCGAUUCUGAGGGCUAGACGAGAUGUCCACCGCAGCCACCACGACCACAUCGAUUGAGGGCUACAAGCUCGGAAAGGUCAUCAUCGAGGGCAAGACCAAGCAGGUGUACGACCUGCCCGAGCAGCCGGGCCUGUGCCUGCUCCUCAGCAAGGAUCGCAUCACCGCCGGCGAUGGUGUCAAGGCCCACGACCUGGCGGGCAAGGCGGAGAUCUCCAACACCACCAACGGACAGGUCUUCCGGUUGCUCAACGAGGCCGGAAUCCGCACCGCCUAUGUGAAGCAGUGCGGCUCGAAGGCCUUCAUCGCCCGCAAGUGCCAGAUGAUACCCAUUGAGUGGGUGACCCGGCGCCUGGCCACCGGCUCGUUCCUCAAGCGCAAUGUCGGCGUGCCCGAGGGCUACAGAUUCUCCCCGCCCAAACAGGAGACUUUCUUCAAGGACGAUGCCAACCACGAUCCCCAGUGGAGCGAGGAGCAGAUUGUCUCCGCCAAGUUCGAGCUGAAUGGCCUGGUGAUUGGCCAGGAUGAGGUGGACAUAAUGCGCCGGACCACCCUGCUGGUCUUCGAGAUCCUCGAGCGGGCGUGGCAGACCAAGAACUGUGCCCUGAUCGACAUGAAGGUGGAGUUCGGCAUCUGCGACGAUGGCAACAUAGUGCUGGCCGACAUCAUAGACUCGGACUCGUGGCGCCUGUGGCCGGCGGGCGACAAGCGGCUGAUGGUGGACAAGCAGGUGUACCGCAACCUGGCCUCGGUGACGGCCAGCGACUUGGACACGGUCAAGCGGAACUUCAUCUGGGUGGCCGAGCAAUUGGCCGACAUUGUGCCCAAGAAGGAUCAUCUGGUCGUCGUCCUCAUGGGCAGUGCCUCGGACACUUCGCACAGCGAGAAGAUAGCCACCAGCUGUCGAUCCCUCGGCCUGAAUGUGGAGCUCCGGGUGACUUCCGCCCACAAGGGACCCGAGGAGACGCUGCGCAUUGUGCGCGAGUACGAGUCGGUGAUGAGCAACCUCAUCUUUGUGGCCGUCGCUGGCCGCUCCAAUGGCCUGGGCCCCGUCGUCUCCGGCAGCACCAACUAUCCGGUGAUCAACUGCCCGCCCGUCAAGUCGGACAACAUGCAGGUGGACGUGUGGUCCAGCCUGAACCUGCCAUCGGGCCUGGGCUGUGCCACCGUCUUGUAUCCCGAGGCAGCUGCCCUGCAUGCGGCCACCAUCUUGGGACUGGGCAACUUCAUGGUCUGGUCCAAGUUGCGCGUCAAGGCGCUGAACAACUUCAUCACCCUCAAGAAGGCCGACAAAGAGCUGCGCGGCGUCCGCAAUGCUUAGUUGGGGCAGUGCUUAUGGAGGGUCAACACUGGUGAUCGCUUGAAGAAGUCACCAAGGGAGCCAUAAAUAAUAUGCCAUCUGCAGUCAGCGAUCAUCUAGGGAUCCUUGAAAGAUCAUCCGCAGAUCCCGACGUUUGUUAAUUCCUUUACUUUUUUUUUGUAACCAAACCUUUUUAUUUUCGUAGUAUUAAGAAAGCAUGACUUGAACUAGUUGUAUCCCAUUCUCUGGAUAAGGUAACUCGAAAUACCUAAUAAUAAAAAAGAAAUAUACAAUUUUAAA